AUAAUUGGAAUGUUUCCUAUUUCAAUAAAAAAAUAUCUUUAUAAAUAUCGUUAUUAGGUCAUUUUUAGCAGCGAACAGGCUGGCACACAGUGAAUACUUGAUUGAAAUGGAAGGGCAAUUUGGAGAUCAAUUUAUGUAUUUAAUUGAUAGCUUUUCUCUAUUUCGAUAAUUAGAAUUGAAAUAAUAAUGAAAUGAGAUGAAAUUGUAAUGGCGUAACCAGACAGGGUGCUUGGGUGCGUAUGCAUCCCCAGAUACCUUUUUCAUAGAAUUAUUUGGCGAAAAAGGUCCCAUUGUAGCCAUCUCCCCUGUUUUUUCCCGUUAAGUCAAUGACCACGGUUGAAUAUUGUUAAGCUCGUGGAAGUUUAGAUAUUUAUACUUUAUACUACAGUUUCCUGAUGGUCCUGUUCUGUACACAAGCGUGUGCAACUCGGCAUCGAGCGCUUUAUAACAGACCGGUAAACUACAAUCUUUAUUAUAGUUCAUAUGCAUGUAAACUCAAAGCUUUUCGAUAGCGCAAGUAUGCAAGUGAUAGGAAUGGCGAUACAAGGUUUUCAUGGAGAGAAUGCAGUCACUAAAAUCAAUGCGUAUCGUAGCAAUGGUUCUAAAUGACAUUGCUGGGGCACGAGGGUGGGAUGGAACAGAACAUUUUUGUUACAGAGAUAGCUAUAUGGAUGAACACUGCCGGAAUUAUCACCAAAUUUUGAAACAUCCCGAAAAAAGUUCAACUGUAUGCCAAAAUGGCACGACAAUAAGAAAACGAAAAACAAUUUCUACUUGGUCACUUUUUUCAUAUCUCAAUAUUGAUAAUUUCUAGGAUAUUGUCUGAAACUGAAAUUUUUAUGUUCUAAGAUUUUGCCAAUCAAAUCCUUUAUCAAUGACAUUUGUAAGAGGGGGUGCUUUGGGUGUUAGAACCGGCAAACCUGUAAAACUUUUAAAUAAAACCAGGAAACCGGGCUAAAAUUAGGAAAACCGAAUAUCCGAUUCCGAAAUCCUGCAGGCUUUCGAGAAAAAACCCGAAACCUGGUGAUUAAUAUCGUUAAAACCCCCCAAGACGUGAGAUACCAAAGCGGACAUAUUACCCUUUGUUAUCUAUCAGUGGACACAUUGCUUUAUCGCUGCCCAGCUAUAGAGAUUGCUUAGACCAUUUUUGUGUUUUUAAUCGUAUUUAUGUAUUUUUCAAUAGUUCAACAAGUUGCGAUAAAUUAUUCACGUUGCUGGUUAAAGAGAUCGGGUGUUAGCAACGAGUUGGUAGCAACCAAUGUCAUUGAAGAUGUAAACACCCGCGCUCAAAGCCUUUCAGGGUUUGUGACUCAACAACAACAGUUAAAGAUGGCUGACUUGAAAGGGCAGUGAGUAGGGUUACUAUACAGACCAAGAUGUCGGCCAGAAGCCGCACAACAAACAUGGGAGCACCAGGAACAAAAUCUAAAAAGAAAGAAGUUCCUUGGGAGAAGCUCAUGAAAGAACAAACUGAUUUUGACAACGGGCAAGCAAACUUGAGAACAGCAAAGAGCGACGGCCUAGCUUUUGACCAGACGAUGGACGAUCUGGGAUACUCCCCAAAAUCAUCGGUAACAUACAGUGGAGUUAAUGAUACAAAAUCUCUUUUUGAUAAUAGCCUUCAGCGAGGACAUACAAAGCCAAACUUUAACUUGAAUGAAUCGAUGAACUCUCUUACUUUAAGACAAAAUAGACCACCAAGAAGUUCCCCAACGGCAGCCGCUCCUUUUGAUGCAACUGUACGUCAUAGUAGUCCAGGAAGAACAAGUAACGGCUUCCACCGAACAUCGCCAACAUUAAUAAGGAAAAACAUGAAUUCUUUUGGACCACCAGAUCCUCAAAUAAACCCAGAGAUUGAAAAUGCUGUUAUCUCUUUUUGCUUCAUUGACCUUGUUGACAUUUUGAGAUACUCAAACAAUAUGGUCAACACUGAAAUUCUAAGGGAAAUGUUACGAAAAGACAUUUUGGUCUGGUUAGAUGCCUUCUCGAUGUAUAUGACAGUUAUAUGCAGUGCACAUCCAAUUAGGUUGCAUGAUCUUUUGAAAUAUCAAAGAAACAUUAUAUGGAUAUAUAGAGAAACUGAGGACACAUCUGCUUGGUGGAGAUAUGACAUAGCAUUUAGACGCAAAGCUGAACUACGUCAGAUCCAAGAUUGGAGUAUUAUUGAUAGAGAUUUGUAUGGUGCUGCCUCUUCUGAAAGAGUUAGGGAAGGAUUCUCAUGUGUACCAUGUCUGUCAAAUGAGCAUGUUUUAAGAAAAUGUCCAUUUGGAGAAGGAGCCAAGAAGGGUUACCCAGUGAUUGAUCUAAAUGGCACAAUUGCUUCAAACAAUGAAGCUAUGGAAAGGGCCCUGGCCAACCCAGAGAAGCUUCUUAAAAAGCCAAAUGAUGGUCUAAAGCUGAAGUUUGCAUUUGGGUACCAUGGCUACAAUGCUUGUAACAAUAUAUUUUACACACAAAGCAAUGAAAUAGUCUUCCACACAGCUGCUCUUGGCAUUGUGUAUAGCCCUAAAACUCAUGAGCAAAGGUUCUACAGUGGCCAUGAUGAUGAUGUUCUAUGUCUGACUAUUCAUGAUGACCAAGACUUUGUUGCAACUGGUCAGAUUGGUAAAAAUCCCUCAACACAUGUAUGGGAUGCCAGAAGUAUGAAGACGGUUGCCAUUCUCAAAGGUUUCCAUAGAAGAGGAAUCAUCUGUGUUGACUUCUCUGGUGAUGGAAACAUGCUGGCAGAUGUAGGAAUGGAUGAUGACCAUUGCAUAUGUGUUUGGGACUGGAGAAAACAGGAAAAAAUUGCAUCUACAAGGGGUCACAAAGAUGUCAUUUACAACUUGGAAUGGAACCCAUAUGAAGUCAACCUAUUUGUUAGUGUUGGUGUUAAGCAUAUCAAGUUCUGGGCAGUUGAUGGCAAAAAGAUCGUGAAAAGAACUGCUACAUUUGGAAAGGCAGGAGAAUUGGGCGACAUGCUUUGUGUGUGCCACAGUCCUUAUGAGCAUUUGUGCUAUACUGGUAGUUCAACUGGCGAAAUAUAUGUUUGGCAAGGGUCAACAUUUAGGAAAAGGAUGCCAGCACAUAAAGGUCCUGUCUACGCAAUGUUUGCACUGUUGCAGUCGGAUGAUAAGGGAUUUGUCAGUGGAGGAAAAGACGGCGUUGUUGUUCUUUGGGAUGAAAUGUUCAGCCAGCCAUUACGUGCGUUUCAAAUUGAGACCUCCAAAUUUCCACCUGGUACGAUACUCCUUCAUGAAAAGCCACCAAUCCGAUCUUUGCAUACUGACGAGGGAAGAAUCGUCGUUGGGACUGGGCAUGAUGACGUCAUUCAAAUUUUUGCUGAUGGGUCAAUGGAAAUGAUUCUUCAGGGCCACGGAGAAGGUGAGUUAUGGGGCCUAGCCGUUCAUCCCCGUGAACCAGAGUGCGCCACAGUCAGUGAUGAUAAAACUCUCAGGAUAUGGAGUUUAAGCGAGUGCCAAAUGAAAAGGGUUGCCGUGCUUCGAAAAGGAGGCCGCUGCCUCGAUUACCAUCCUACUGGAGAUACUAUAGCUGUUGGUUUAAAUGACGGGAGUUUCAUGAUUGUGGAUGCAAGAUCUUUGCAAACAUUAAUACAUUUGAAAGACAGGAAAGAAGAGCUCUCCGAUAUCAAAUUCUCCCCAGAUGGCAAAUUUGUGGCAGCUGCGUCUCACGACAAUAUGCUUGAUAUUUACAGUGUUAAGCGAGGCAAAAAGUGUGCAACGUGUACUGGAAAUUCCAGUUAUCUUACACAUUUUGAUUGGGAUAAACGAGGCCAGAUGAUACAAACAAACUCAGGUGCUAGAGAACAUCUUUUAUUCGAAGCCCCAUCCGGCAAAAGGAAAACAAUGAGCAUUGAUGCAGUAGCUAGGGUAGACUGGGCCACCUUCACUUGUGUCAUAGGACCAACGGUUAGAGGUAUAUUCCCUCCAAUGACUGACGUCACAGAUGUCAAUGCAACCAGUAGAAGCAAGGACUAUAAGCUAAUUGCCAGCGGAGAUGACUUUGGUCAAGUGAAACUCUUUCAAUAUCCUGUUCUGCAACGUGGUGCUCGUCCGCGCGUCUACAAAGGACAUUGUAGUCACGUGACAAACGUUCGGUGGACGAAUGACGAUAAAUUUCUACUCAGUACGGGUGGAAUGGAUGCCAGUUUGCUUGUAUGGGAAAGAAUCGAAAUCGGACCCGAGGAUGACGAUAAACCCUCAGAGAGAAUCCAACCAAAGUUUUUACCAAGUGGAACAAUUAAGAAUCCUGUUUCAAAAGGUAAACCUGUUUGGGAUGACUGACGAAAAUACAAAAACCUGUUAUAGCAACGUUGGCAACAUGGUGAGUUCCUCUGGGAUGGUCGUGAACAUUUGCAGGAAUCUCGAGGGCACUUGGCAACCGUGCAAGUCAUCAUGGGAAAGUUGGCACACGUUGCUGAGUGCCCCCCAGGAAACGGUGCCCCAAAGGCAUUUUGGGGUAGAUUGCCUUCCAGCAUCUUGACCCUGUUUCCAGUUAAAAAGGUAUGAAGAAGGAGCAACUUCGCAGUUGAAGCAAACACUGGCUUACCCAGUGACAUUUUGCAACUUCUAGAAAGGAAAUCAAUUUUUAGAUAUUUGUUAUCGUCCUACGUGUAAUGACUAAAUGAAAUGAUCGUCGUUGAAGCUGUUGAAGAGAUGUCGAGGGGUCAUUCUUAUCGUUAUUUUGAUUGUAAAAUUUUUAAAUGUCUAUUGUUACUGUCAUUUUGUAGUUAAGGAUAUUGUAUUGAAAUUAAAGCUAAAAUCUUUGUUUCGUGAUAUUUUGUGGUAUCAAGGUAUUAAUAAACAAGCACACUUUGAAAUACCUCAAUAUUAUUUAAAGGUAUCAGCCAAGAUGACGACUGUGUUUGACUUCCAACCCCCCAUUGAAUAUCCUACUUGUAGAUAACCCUAGUGAGCGAUAUUCUGCUCUUGGCAUUGAUACGUCAUCAACGAAGAAGGCCUUCUUAUUCGCAAACCAUGCAUCACGGUGAUAUGAACGAGAAUCUGGAAUGAAAUAUCUGCAACCCUGAAAUUCGUUAUAAAAAAUGUUUAUAACGUAAAGCAGUGUUGUUUAAAAUGGCCAAACGAAAACGAAAUGGUGAUGUUUUUCGAUUUUACGAAACAGGCAUUCGCGUUUCCAAGUAAACUAAAACGUUUAAUAAUGUUCAGAUUCACUGCUCGAAUUGUACUUUUUAUAUCCUUUAUCGAUAUAUCAGUUAGAUGGCCAGAUUAUUGGAGAAAAACAAAUGAUAUCAUCUAAUGACAAGACUAAUGCAUUAUGUCUAAAACUUCUUUACACAAACAACUCUUUAAUUGUUAAGGUUUCCCCUAUUUUUUUUAAGACCCUUUCCACCUCUGCUGUACUCGAUGUCAUACUUUCUUGGAACAUACCCCAAGCCCCCCAACCCCCAACCCCCUCUGAGCGUAUCUACAUCGUAAAUGCCUCCUACAAUAGAGGUGACAAGAAUAAAACUGUUUAUUUUUCCUUUUUACUGAUGAAAACUUUUUUACUUGAUGAGGCGUUAUAUGCAUGUAUUUAAUGGGAAUUCAGGUAUUUGUAAAACACUGUAUUUCUUUCUACAUUCGCAAUAUAUAUUGUAGCUGAAAUAUUAUAAGGGUAUUUUAUAUGCUUUAAUUUUUGGGCUAUUUAAAUAAAGGAUUUACUGUAUUGAAAUUAUUAGCAUUAAACAAACUAUUAUCUCGUAAA